AUGGAUUCCGGCCUGAGUGUUGCCCAGUCUGAGGGCCAGCAACCCUCGCAUGCGAAGGCCGGCCCUGCGAAGGCGCGCGCCAGGAACAAGCGGAAGGAUGCGCACGACGACCAAGUCAAGCGCCGCUGCUGCGACGGCAACACCCCCGCCUGCGCCGCCUGCGCCUCCGUCUACAACACCGAAUGCGUCUACGACCCGGGCUCCGACCACCGCCGCAAGGGCGUCUACAAGAAGGACAUCGACCAGCUCAAGACCAAGAACUCGACCCUCGAGACCCUGAUCCAUGCCAUCCUCAACUGGCCCGAAGAUGAGGUCCCCAGCCUGGUCAGCCAGAUACGCACCUGUGAGAGCCUCGACGCCGUCGCCGAGCAGAUCCUCCUCAAGGAACAGGGCAUGGAAGAUGACUCAGAAGAGAUAACGCCUUUCGAGACCGACGCUCCGCAGGGCGCUCCAACGUUCGAGACACAGCUGUCGGGAAAGAUGGGCCAGCUGCGCCUCGAAGACGGCUCACAGCGUUACAUCGGAGGCACCUCCAACUUGAUUCACUUGGGCCAAGGCGGUGACGGCGACAACGACUUCACGGCUGUCGCCGAACAAGACCAAUACGCCCAACUGGAGGAUCCCAUCACGUCCUGGACUACCGUGACCAAAGACCCGGAGCUGAUCACCCACCUGAUCAACAUGUAUUUUGUCUGGCACUACGCCUUCUUCACCACUCUGCCCAAGAACUUGUUCUACCGUGAUUUCCUACUCGGAAACCCCCCGGGUGAGAAUGGUAGGAAAUACUGCACGCCCCUACUGGUCAACGCUAUGCUUGCACUGGGUUGCCACUUCACUUCACUACCAGGUGCUCGUGCCAGCCGUGAUGAUUCGGCCUCUGCUGGCGAUCACUUCUUCAAGGAGGCCAAGCGUUUGAUAAUGGAGAACGACGAGCACGAGAAACCGAGGAUGACCACCGUCCAAGCCCUAGCACUCAUGUCAGUUCGGGAAGCUGGCUGCGGCCGUGAGGCAAAGGGCUGGGUUUACAGCGGCAUGAGUUUCCGGAUGGCAUGUGACUUGGGCUUGAAUCUCGACUCUGGAGGUCUCUCGUCUGCUCAAGGCGCCUUGGACGAGGGUGAGGAAGAUGCACGCCGCAUUACGUUCUGGGGGUGCUUCCUGUUCGACAAGUGUUGGUCAAAUUAUCUGGGACGUUUGCCCCAACUUCCUACUAGCAUUAUCACGGUCCCGAAGUUUGAGGUAUUCCCGAACGAAGACGCCGAAACGUGGUGCGCAUACAGCGAUUCCGGUUUUAGCCAGGCCAAUGCCCAACCAGCGCGGACGCGCGCAGUGGCCCGGCAGAUUUCCCUGCUGUGCGAGAUCAGCAAUGAUCUGAUGAACUCAUUCUACAACCCCAUUGAUAUGGACAAAUCAAAAGGGAAGCAACUAGAACUCAAGAAAUUGAGUGAGCUGCACCAGCGACUGGAGGCUUGGAGGAGAGAUCUUCCUAAAGAGUUUGAGCCGCGGGAAGGCGGCUUGCCGUCAAUGCUUGUGAUGCACAUGUUCUUUCAACUCCUCUACAUCCAUCUCUUCCGACCCUUCCUGAAAUAUGACAAAACAACCUCGCCAUUACCGCCAAAUGUCUCUCCGCGGAAACUAUGCACACAAGCAGCGCAAUCAAUAUCAAAGCUUUUGAGGCUGUAUAAACGGUCGCAUGGUUUACGGCAAAUAUGCAAUGUCGCCGUCUACAUUGCUCACUCUGCUUGCACGAUCCACCUCCUGAACCUUCCCGACAAAAAUGCCCGCCGAGAUAUCAUUCACGGUGUCAAGCACUUAGAAGAAAUUGCUGAAGGCUGGCUCUGUGCCCGCCGCACCUUAAGCAUCCUCUCCAUUCUCGCCCGGAAAUGGCAGGUUGAGCUUCCUGAAGAAGCCGCCACAGUCCUCGCUCGCACCGACUCAAAAUUCGGCUCCUACCAUGGCGACACGCUCUCCCCGAAAGGUACAGCCGCGCUACCGCAUGCGGCACAGCCACCACCAGGCUCACUCCCUCCUCUUGUCCAAACCUACGGCUACACCGCCGCCAUUCCUGCCACUAAAAUACCCACGGUUCCUGCAAACGCCGCCAGCUACGCCGCCGCCGCAACAAUGGGCCGUCGUGGAUCCGACAACCGCUCCCAUACCGGACCCCCGCAGACUGCGGCAGAGCUUCAGUACCCGCGCCAGACAUCGCAACAGCAACUCACCAACCCCAGCACUCCCAUCAACACAGCGGGCUCCGCGGCCGUCUCGUUGGGCGGCUCGCCAUCGGACCUUUUCGGGGGCGUCGACGCGCUGCUGCGCGAGAGCCAGGACAAUUGGUGGCUACGCGACCAGAGCCAACUGGCCGUCGGCUUCGACAAUUGGGGCAUGAGUGCCGAGGAAAUGGCGUAUCUGAAUCGCAGUCCGAUCGCUACGACUACUGCUGCGAAUAGCGCAAGGCAGCAGCAGCAGCAACAACAACAGCCAGUCUCAUCAACCACAGCAGCGGAGAGUGUGGUUCAAACAUCGUAUGCUGUGAAUGGUGGUGCAGUAACUGGAGCGGAUGCAACCGGUAUUAGUGGAACCGUAAUGAAUGGUGGGUAUGGCUCGAUGAAUCUGUACAACGAGGAUGAGUGGUAUCAAUAA